AUGGCGAAAAUUGGAGGAUUCAACCUUAUCCUGGUAGCCAUGGCCGUGGCCAUUAUCUCCGGCGUUCAGGUGGGUGCUCAGCUCGGAGGCGCCGUCGGCGGGAAGAUUCCGAUCGAUGACGUGAAGACCAAUAAGGAGGUUCAAGAUUUGGGGAGGUAUUGCGUGACGGAGUACAAUAAGGGGUUGAAGAUGAAGAGGAAUCCGGCGAUUUCGGCGAAGAUGUUGAGCUUCUCGGAGGUGAUUAAGGCGGAGAAGCAGGUGGUGGCCGGAGUUAAAUAUUACCUCCGGGUCAAGGCCGCCGACUCUUCCGCCGCCGUCAAGACUUUUGACGCCGAGGUGUUUGUCGCCCCUGGAGAAUCGUCUAAGGAGCUCGUCACCUUUGCGCCUUCCACUCUCAUGCGCCGCAAGUUCUAA